AUGCCACCGAAGGAAGAGAGAAAAAAAAAAUUCCAACCUUUUGUUUCUACCAUCGAUCCAAACAAACAUGCAGACGCCCUCAAAGAGAUUGAAAUACGGCACGCCGAAGAUGCUCGCAUGGCUGAGUUAGCAGCUGAAGAAGCUUUAGAAGAAGAAUGCGAAGAGGAAGAAGAUGAAGAAUACUUUGAAGAAUUAUUAGGGAACGAAGAUUCCACAAUUGUUGGCCGCAUCGAUUUGGCAUUUCCUGAAACAAUAGACGAAUUUGCUGAUUCCGAAUUAUGUUAUCCGCCUUCUUAUUACACUCUUUCGCCAAAGGAACGAUUGCUCCUAUUAUACGCAGAAAAUUUUCGCCAUCAAUUUAUUAUAAAUAAUCCAAAUCGCAGACCCCUGGUUUUGGCUUUACCGAACGAGUGUAAAGUUCAAAAGUUUGUUUCUACGACAAUAAGGCCGACGGCUUUUUUACAUGUGCCCCUCAUUCGCAAUGCUGAAGAAUGUGCGAAAUUUGUAGCCGAUUUUAUUAUUUACGAACCUCUUGAAGACAUGAUGUCAUUCCCCACACGCUUAAUAUCGCCGGCAUCGUUACUGAGACGACGUCAAGGCAACAGUUUCGAGAUGGCUACACUUUUAUGCAGUAUGCUAUUAGGUGCCGGUUUUCAGGCAUUUGUCGUAUCUGGAGUGGCGCGAGCCGAGACCGUUGAAUGCGAUCUGCGUGAGAAACCGUAUCCCUAUCAAAUGCCCCCUCCAAAAGUUGAGGAAGAGCAAAAAGCAAAACCGACUACUGGUUCGAAAUACAAGCUACGACCAUUGCCGGACUUAAGGAGUCAUUUGGAAGAGAAUAUGGCCGAGCUGUUAAUGCAAAAGGAAGCGGAGGAACAAAAAAUAAAAGAUGAGGCUUUACAACGCACACUAGAGGAAUUAGAAUUACAACCCGUCGACAAAUAUCACUUUCGUAGAUCUCAUGCUUGGGUUGUCGUUCUCGAUAACGCUCCUUGGGUUACCGUCAAGGCUGUUCACAAAACUGAUGCUAGUCCAAAAAUGCUUGCGGCACGUUUUUUCGAACCAUCGACCGGCUUCAUCUGCGAAACCCAUUGCAAGCAAUAUAUUUUAAUCGAUAGUGUAUGGAAUCAAUAUAAUUAUUAUGUUAAUAAACAAGAAUAUCAACGAUUAAGCGAAAUACGUUGGGACUUGCGGGAUACGACGGAUUGGGAGCACAUUUUACCUGGCGAGCCGCCAGAAAUGCGCACUUAUGUCGUAUAUUCUGAUGAAAAUCUGGCCGAUUUAGUGCAUCCUAUUCAAGACGAACACCAUUUAGAUACUAUACGGUCAUGGGUUAUGAAAUUGCAUAUCGGUGCGAAAGAGUUUGAGGAACGUUUUCCCAAACUUGAAAAAACUGUUUAUUAUCAGAAAGCCAAACAUGAACGUUACUCUCCGUACUCGCAACGAACUGGCAAAGUUAUGCAAUUAACUUUAUACUCAGAUGAUGAAUACAAUCAACCAACUGAACAUUGGGAAUUCUUUGAAAAUCGCACUGACAAACUCAUAUCUAUCAAAUAUAAUUAUGAGACAUCGCAAACUGAAGAAAACUUUGCCAUCGGACGUAAUGACAGUUUGAAAGCCAUGUAUUACAGUGAUAAACAUAGAGGCAAAGAAUUGUAUUUUUACUCCGCACCUCGCUUAGAUUCUCUGUAUUACCUAAGAAUCGAAACGGAUUCCGUAACGUUGCAAUACAAGGAACGCAGUGAUUUCUGUUAUUAUCAGUUAUUCGAGCUUAAAGCAAAUUCCAACUUUUUAAAGAAAAUUGUUGAGAAAUUCCAUCGCAAUCAUAAUUUACCCGCCGAUAAGGAUAUAGCUGUGCGAUCAUUUUUAUUGUUGUCGCAUAAAAUUACAUUAAAAUUUCAUUAUGCUCGUGGUGCUCUAACAGCAUCCACAUGUGAAUUUACGAAACCGCCCAAGCCGGAUUACGGUCAAGAAAUUGUAUUCGAUUUGAGUUUAGUGAAACUCUAUAAGGCUAACGCCGCUGAUCCUGAUCCUACGCAAUUGGAAGUCUACCGACUAAUGCUGGCUCAACUGAAUUAUGAAGAAAAAAUCAUAAAGCAAUUUGAAAAGAUUGUAGAAGAAAAUAAUCAAAUAUUGGAUCAGCGUAGAUUUGAGCAUGAGAAUCCUGUAUUAACAUUUUGUAUAUUUGAUGGUUUACGUAAUGCUGCAGCCAGAAACAGUCGUCUAGAAAAGAAAGAGAAAGAAGACGCUUACAAACGUGAUGUGCAAACGAAACCGGCCGAUUUUUUGGCUCCUUACUUGGUCAUAUAUAAAAAUCGCGCCUUAACCUACGACGAAUCAUGGGCUGCGUAUAAAGCAUGCUUAAGCGAUUUAAAAUCACGCUUCGUUUUUCUACUCAACGAUCUUCAACGUCAAUACGAGGAUCUAAUAACCGAAUCAAAAUCAUUGAAACGUUUCCUUAAUAAAUUUGAAAAUCAAUUCAAUAAUUUCGACUAUGAACAAUUGGUUCAAGAGGCAAAGCAGAUUAAUUUAAAUAAACGUAUGGUCCAGCAACGUUUGACAAUAACGCAUGAAGAAGCCCAGAAAAAAUAUGAGACAGUUAAGCAAUCGCUAAUAAAUGAUCCGCGUUUAAAUUUGAUUAAAGAGCAAGAAAAACCAAGUGAGAAGAGAACGUCGCGAAAAUUACGCCGGGCCAUUAAAAAAGUCACCACUGAUUGA